AUGCAAGGAGAGCCAAAACAAUGUCGGUGGAGAUAUCCUAGACAAUUUAAUGAAGCGACGACACAAGGAGAAGACUCAUAUCCAUUAUAUAGGAGGAGAAACAAUGGGAGAGAGGUCAACGUACGAGGAAAUACACUUGAUAACAGAUGGGUGGUACCAUAUAACCCGAAGCUGUUAAUGAUGUUCAAUUGCCACAUGAAUGUCGAGGUUUGCUCGAGCAUAAAAUCUGUGAAAUAUGCUUUUAAAUACGUUUACAAGGGACAUGACAAACAAGUUGUCCACAUUGAUCAAGAUGGAGCGGAACCCAUCAUCAAUGAGAUUAAAAGAUAUCAAGAUGCACGUUACGUCUCACCCCCCGAGGCAAUAUGGAGGAUUUUUAGCUUUGCGCUUUCUCAAAUCCACCCUUUCGUCAUGUCUUUGCAUCUUCAUCUCCCGAACCAACAAUUGGUUAGAUUCUCAGAUAAUGAUUCAAUGAUUGAUAUUGUGGACAUGGAGAAAGAUAAGAGUUCAAAGUUGACCGCAUUUUUUGACAUGAAUAAAAUGGAUGAGAUUGCGAGGCAAUAUCUAUAUAAAGAAUUCCCAAGAUACUUUACAUGGAAUUUAACCAAACGUUGUUGGAAGCAAAGGAAAAAAGGAGCAAUGAGAGGCCGAUUGGUUUCUGCUAACCCUGCCGAAGGAGAGAGAUACUACCUACGGGUUCUCCUAUCACAUGUUAGAGGGCCAACAUGCUUUGAAGAUCUUUACACGGUGAACAACGUGUUACAUCCAACAUUUCGUAAAGCUGCUCUUGAGAGAGGGUUAAUAGAGACCGAUGAUAACCUAUCUCAAUGUCUUACUGAGGCUUCAUUAUAUCAAUUUCCAGGUGCUCUUAGAAGGUUAUUUGCAACUAUACUCAUUUAUUGCGAACCCGGAGAUGUUCGCAAGUUAUGGGAUGACCACUAUAAUUCACUUUCUGAAGAUUAUAUGCGACAAUGUGAAAGUGUUGAGCGAGUUCAAACCAUGGUUCUUAUGGAUAUCUCUAUAAUUUUGCAAUCUAUGGGUAAGCAUUUCAAUGAGUUUGAUCUUCCUAUGUUAAAUACAAACAUCAAUUUGGAAUCUGGAGAUUAUCGCGAGGUCCAAGAGGAUUACUCCAUCGUUGUGGAUGAUGAACACCUUCGUGCAAAAGAUUCUCUCAAUACCGACCAAAAAAAUGCAUAUGAUGAGAUCAUGACCCUUCGUUAA